AUGGCACUACAAACACAUCGAAUUUUUAAUCAAACACUUUUUGUUGAAGUUAACAGUCACAGUCUUUUCUCAAAAUGGUUUAGCGAAAGUGGAAAACUUAUCCAAAAAUUAUUUUCCAAAAUUGAAGAAUUGGCAGAAAGAACUGAUCGUUUAAUUUUUGUUUUGAUUGAUGAGGUUGAAAGUCUAACAAUUGGACGGGAGACAGUUUUUUCGGGAAAUGAUCCGACAGAUUCAAUUAGAGCAGUUAAUGCAAUGCUUACACAACUGGAUAGAUUAAAACGUUUUUCAAAUGUUUUUAUUCUUUGUACUUCAAAUAUUGAAAGGGCAUUGGAUGCUGCUUUUGUUGACAGAAUUGGAUUAUCUUUAUAUUUUAAAAGCCCUACUUUGGAAGUAAUUAAUUCAAUUUUAACAAAUUGUAUUGAUGAGAUGAAAAGAGUUAAAGGACUUUUUGCUAAUGAUGCUGGUCAGCCUGAUUGGUGGACAGAAAAUUUAGAAAAUGAAAUAUUUAAAAAUAUUUCAAGUAAUUGUCAAAAAGCAAAAUUAAGUGGAAGGGCUCUUCGAAAAUUGCCAACAAUUGCUUAUUCAAUAGCUGCCCAAAAUUUAGAUGAAAAUGAUUAUGGAAGUGGAGGAUCGUCAAAUAUUACAUUUCCAGAAUUUAUUUAUUGUCUUUAUAUAGAAUCUGAAAGAUUAAUAAAUAAGGAAAUUGAGGAGGAAGAUAAAAAUUGUAAAGAAGAAAAUAAAACUUGGUCAUUCAAUUUUGAUAAAUUACGAGAUUGUUUAACACAACAAAAUGGUUUUUAA